UCAGCUUCAGGAAUAUUUCAUUCUGUCGUGCGGAGUGACCUCACCGACCAUGAAUCCUGAAUAUGAUUACCUCUUCAAGCUUCUUCUCAUUGGGGACUCUGGGGUUGGAAAGUCAUGCCUGCUGCUGCGCUUUGCGGACGACACCUACACUGAGAGUUACAUCUCCACCAUCGGAGUUGACUUCAAGAUCAGGACCAUUGACAUGGACGGGAAGACGGUGAAGCUGCAGAUUUGGGACACCGCGGGUCAGGAGAGGUUUCGAACCAUCACAUCCAGCUACUACAGAGGAGCUCAUGGUAUCAUUAUUGUGUAUGAUGUCACAGAGCAGGAGUCCUUUAACAAUGUGAAGCAGUGGCUGGAUGAGAUAGAUCGCUACGCCUGUGAGAACGUCUCCAGGCUGCUGGUGGGAAACAAGUCUGACCUUGUUAGUAAGAAAGUGGUGGAUGCAGCCACUGCUCAGGAUCUGGCCUCGUCUCUGAAGAUCCCCUUCCUGGAGACGAGCGCUAAGAGCUCUGAUAACGUAGAGACUGCUUUCCUUACCAUGGCCUCUGAGAUCCACAAGCGCCUGGCCAGUGAGGGAGGGGGUAUCCAGAGGGAGGCUGCAGACGCCAGAGCCCAGACCACCAAGAUCAAUAGCGCCCCUUUGUGGCUGGGAGGGGAGAAACAGACACCAGAAGCCAAUAGCUGCUGCUGAGACAAAGA